AUGACAUCAAACAAGAAUCGGAGAACGUGGCGGCGGGCAGUUCGCAGAGCUCUCCGUCAAUGAGUUCUGUGAAACCGGAUGGUGAUCAGGAUGAGAAGCAGGAUGUUCACCGAUGCAUGUGGAGAGGAUGUACAAAGGUGCUCGCCACCUUGGAUACGUUGAUAUCUCACGUCGGUGACGCUCAUAUUGGAAGUGGGAAGGCUACCUACGCGUGUGACUGGGAAGGAUGUUCGAGGGAACAAAAACCAUUUACAAAGAGGCACAAGAUGUAUAACCACCUGAGAACUCACACCGGGGAGAGACCCUUUGUGUGCAAUAUCAAUGGUUGUGGUAAAAGAUUCUCGAGGCCCGAUUCUCUGACAACUCAUGUAAAGACGCAUUCGAAUGUUCGACCAUAUAAAUGUCCGUACAAAAAUUGCACAAAAGCUUAUUAUCAUUCAAGGUCGCUUC